AUGAAAUAUUAUACAAAGCAGCAACAUACUGGUAGUGGUGUUAUAAACACUUUAAUAAACAAAUUACCAUUUGAAUUACAUUUACCAGGUUAUAAUUAUUGUGGACCAGGAACUAAAUUGAGUAAACGUUUAGAACGCGGUGACAAAGGUGUUAACAUGUUAGAUGAGGCGUGUAAAGAACAUGAUAUAGCAUAUUCAGAGAGAAAAAAUGUAUCUGAUCGUCAUGAGGCUGAUAAAACAUUACUUAAAGCAGCUCUAAGUAGAACUACUUCAAACGAUGCUUCAUGGAAAGAAAAACUAGCAGCAUUAGGUGUUUCAGCUGCAAUGCACACCAAGUUAAAGUUGGUAAAAAAGAGUAAGUGGUAUGAUAAUGAUGAUAACGAUGAUGAUUUAAAUAAAUCACAAAACCAAGAGCUUCACAUUGAUAAUUAUGAAAAGAAAAUUCAACAUAAAAUUAAGGGAAACGAUAAUGUACAAAGUAAACAAAAAUAUGAAGAAGCGUUGACUGAAAUCAAUAAAAAGGGUAAAAAACGUAGAAUUUCUGAUAAUGAUGAUGAUCAUGAUAUAAACAGACGUAAACCUAAAAUUCAAAAUGAAAAUGUAUCUACUCUAUUAUUACAAGGUUCUAAACGAAAACUAAAUGAUGCUGAUAAUGAUACUAAGAAAAAUAUUAAUAAAAAAGCAAAAAUAAUUAGUUUAAAGCGUACUUAUGAUGCAGAAGUUCAUGAUAAUGAUGAUGAUGAUGAGAAUAAUUAUGUAAAAAGAACUAAAUAUAUAUAA